GUCCGCGGCGGGCCCAUGUCGUCGCCGCCCGAGCGCCGCGCCCGCCUGUCGUCCCCCGGGACCAGCCGCCAGUUCUCCGAGGCCCGCGAGGAGGUCCGGCGUCGCCUCCGCGACCUCAUCGAGGGCAACCGGGUGAUGAUCUUCAGCAAGAGCUACUGUCCCCACAGCACGCGGGUUAAAGAACUCUUUUCUUCCUUGGGCAUUGACUAUAACAUCCUGGAACUUGAUCAAGUUGAUGAUGGAGCCAAUGUUCAGGAAGUGCUUACAGAAAUCAGCAACCAGAAAACUGUGCCCAAUAUUUUCGUGAACAAAGUACACAUGGGUGGAUGUGACCGAACCUUCCAGGCACAUCAGAAUGGUCUACUACAGAAGCUCCUUCAGGAAGACGUGGCUCACGAUUACGACCUCAUCAUCAUUGGCGGUGGCUCUGGCGGCCUCUCAUGUGCGAAGGAAGCAGCCAACCUGGGAAAGAAGGUCAUGGUGCUGGACUUCGUGGUCCCAUCACCUCAGGACACAACCUGGGGGCUUGGUGGUACCUGUGUAAAUGUGGGCUGCGUUCCUAAGAAGUUGAUGCAUCAGGCUGCCCUCCUGGGUCAGGCCUUACAGGACUCCAGGAAAUUCGGCUGGGCGUAUAACCAGCAGGUGAAGCACAACUGGGAAGCCAUGACGGAAGCGAUCCAGAACCAUAUCAGCUCCCUGAACUGGGGCUACAGGCUGACCCUGCGGGAGGAAGGCGUGGCCUAUGUCAACUCCUAUGGGGAAUUUGUGGAGCCGCAUAAAAUAAAGGCUACCAGUAAGAAGGGACAGGAAACAUUUUAUACUGCUGCGAAGUUUGUCAUAGCAACAGGGGAAAGGCCACGGUACUUAGGAAUUCCAGGAGAUAAAGAAUACUGUAUUACCAGCGAUGACCUCUUCUCUCUGCCCUACUGCCCAGGCCGCACCUUGGUAGUGGGCGCCUCGUACGUUGCUCUGGAAUGUGCUGGGUUUCUGGCUGGCUUGGGCUUAGAUGUCACCGUUAUGGUGCGCUCAAUCCUUCUUCGAGACUUUGAUCAAGAAAUGGCAGAGAAAGUGGGUUCCUACAUGGAGCAACACGGUGUUAAGUUCCUAAGAAAAUUCAUCCCUGUGACGGUCCAGCAGUUGGAGAAAGGUUCACCUGGAAUACUGAAAGUGAUGGCCAGGUCCACUGAAGGACCAGAAACAGUUGAAGGGAUAUACAACACAGUUUUGUUAGCAGUUGGUCGUGACUCCUGUACAAGGAAAAUGGGCCUGGAGAAAAUUGGGGUCAAAAUCAAUGAAAAGAAUGGCAAAAUACCAGUCAAUGAUGUGGAGCAGACCAAUGUGCCUCAUGUCUAUGCUAUCGGGGAUGUACUGGAGGGCAAACCUGAGCUCACGCCCGUUGCCAUACAAGCAGGCAAGCUGCUAGCCCGAAGGCUCUUUGGGGCCUCUUCAGAAAAGUGCGAUUACACGAAUGUUCCCACUACAGUGUUCACUCCUCUGGAAUAUGGCUGCUGCGGAUUAUCUGAGGAGAAAGCCAUUGAAGUAUAUAAUAAAGAGAAUAUAGAAGUGUAUCAUACCUUGUUCUGGCCUCUUGAGUGGACGGUAGCCGGCAGAGACAACAACACUUGUUACGCAAAGAUAAUCUGCAACAAGUUCGACAGUGACCGUGUGAUAGGAUUUCACAUUCUGGGACCGAAUGCUGGAGAGAUCACCCAGGGAUUUACAGCCGCGAUGAAAUGUGGGCUCACGAAGCAGCAGCUGAAUGACACCAUCGGGAUCCACCCCACAUGCGGGGAGAUAUUCACAACAUUGCAAAUCACAAAGUCCUCAGGCCUGGACAUCACUCAGAAAGGCUGCUGAGGUUAGCCCUGCUUCUGCUGGGUGUCCUGUCAUACUCACGCUCUGUGUUCACAACACCUAGUCAGGUGCCAGGGGACCAGUGAGCAAGUGGCAGAGAGACCAGCAGCAGCAGAAAUCAGUAGUCUCAGCUGACGGCAUGCAGCGGGUGGGCUGCAUCCUUGACGCCUUGUCUCGGAACCCAUGGAGGUGAGCCAAGGCUGACUCUUACACGUCAGACUUGAACUUUCCUUGGAGAGGCCUUGGAUGGCACCAUGAACCUAAGUUAACUCUCAUGGUGCCAGUGUUUUUACACCCUUUGUUGAUUCCAUGAAGAUAUUUUUCAGUUGUGGACUGUGAAGAGCUUGUGGGCCUAGAGUGUACUUGCACUUGUGAGUCGCAGCCAUCUGCCUAGGACUGCUGCACUAGCAGGAGGCCACAUGCACUGGGCAGCCUCUAAGGAACAUCUUAACUUCUGUCAGAAACCUGACUUAAGGUGCACGUUCCCACGUCCUCUGAUGGUAAGAACACUUUGAAGCCAUUUUUCUAGCAUCUCUAGGCUGGCAGAACACUGCAUGUAAGAGAAAACUAUAUGAAUCUCUUUUUCAUGUUGAUCUUCAGGGUAAUAUUUUAAAAAGUUUUUGCUCUCCAACUGUAGAAAAUGAUUUUGUCAGUCUGUCUAAUGACGACGUCAAGUUUAGUAAAUGAACGGGCAACACUGAGAACUUCAUUCACACUUAGAUCAGCAUGAAGCAGGCCUUUGAAGAGGGCAGCCUCUCUGGGUCCUUCUGGAAAACCUCUUUUUUAAGGAACACAUCAGCUUGAUUCAGGGCUCUGAGACCACCCACUCUCUUGAGUGCCUCUUGCCAUUUGUACAGUUUGCCACAGGACGUAAUGGUUCUGUGAUCACAAUAUCUAGUAUAAGGGUUUUUGUUUUGUUUAAUUGUUUUGAGACAAGGUCUUGCUGUAUAGCCCAGGUUGUUUUUGAACUUCUGAUCCUUCUGCCUUAGUGGUCCCAGUGCUGAUAUUGCAAAUUUGUGCUACCACAGCCCUUUUCUAGACAUAAGUUUUAAAAUAAAACAGGCAGCAAACACUUUCCACUUACAGACAGGCACCUUGCUUCCCUGUCUAGAGGCUGGGCUACAGCAGCACUGGCGUGGGAUAGGAGCUGAGAGAAACCAACACAGGAUCCACUACUGAAGUGCUUUUGUGUUGGAGAGAAUGACAUUAUUGUGACUAAGAAGCACAGCAUGGGGUUCUGAGGCAGAGGUGGCAGUUGGGCAGUGGCAUUGGAGAUGUUGUGUACUCCCACUGGACAUGGGUAGGGCAGGGAAUUGAACUGAGUUUAAGGGCAGCAGUGAAACUGAGUGGAUGGCCAUGGAGGAAGAGAAUUUCAAAUAUAGAAGGCAGUAUGGCCUCACCAUCUUAUGGUAGACAAAGGUUUCUUAGUCUACAAAAAUCUUGAGUCAUUAAAACAUUGUACUUCUUUAAAAUUUUAAAAGUCCAUUUUGUGUUGUUUUUUAGACAGUCUCUUACUAUUAUAGCAAGGCUAGCCUGGAACUCAUAAUCCCCCUGCUUCAGCCUCCCAGAUGCUGGGAUUAUAGGCCUAGCAUACCAGGCAACUGUUUCUCAAGUUAAUUAUCUCGGGUAUUUUGAGCCAGCAACACAUUUUGUUACAUGUAACUUCAAAACUGAUUUUAUUUUAAAUCUAUGUACCAAGUAUUUACUGAACCAUAAAUGGCAGGCAUGGCUGGGUGAGAAGAAUAUGUGGACAGCUGGGGGGAUUGAGACUGUGUUGUCAGCUGAAGUGACUGAGAGGAAGCCAGAUCAAGGUAGAGGGGAAUUCAAGCAGAGGAGCAGGUGUGGGAAGAGGAUGGGGUGUCAUGCUGACUGGUUUUACUGUCCUGACCAUUAAAUCCUAUAUCCCAUUCUCACUGAUGGACUGUGUGGUUUGAAUGAGCUGUCCCCACUCCCCCCAUAGGCUCCAAGUAUUUGAACAUUUGGCCCUCAGUUG